AUGGAAGAUGAUGAAAAUACGAAGGAGGAGAACCAACCUUCCACAAGUAAGAAAGAGACUCGGACGAAUUCCGCAAAUGACCUGUACAACGAUGAUAGACAACAGGACGACCGUGCAUCGAAUAGUGAAACGUCCGUGUCGGCAACUUAUUCGGCCAGGAGUCGAAUAGAGAUGGCGAACACCCGCCCAGAACCACCGAAGCCUGUCGCUAAAAGAGAAGCGAAGGCACCGGAGAGGAAAAAGAGAGCGAGAAGACAGGGCAGAGUUGAAAAAAGAAGACGAUCCUACACACGACGCCAAGUUAGAAGAGCUACUAUACGGAGGAGAGCGCGGAUGCCGAUCGAGAAAAAAGAGCGGAAUUUGUCAGUUUCUACGAUAUUCACCAGACUAUCUUCCCGCAGCGGGUCCAGAACUCCAGGAUGCAUACAUUGUGGGCACCGCUGUUGCCGUCGAAGUGUAGCUGAUACAUUGUUCGUGAUUGGAAUUUCGUCGCAGUGCUCGACAAUAGUAUCCAAGGAUGAUGGAGAUGGAUAUAAAUUAACUGUCUCCAUAUCCACGAGGCAAAUAGUCCUACAUAGCACAAUGAAUGGAAUUCCUUACCUUAAGGUGACACCAGAUAUGAUCGUCGAAGGUCUGAGAGCUCUCAUUACGUGGAAGCAAAAUGUUCAAGACAUUAUGCUGAUGAACUUCAUCAAGAGACGUUACCCAGUGAACUCGAAUGAUCAAGAGCUGCUGAAUGAGAUACAAGAGAAAUUGAGAAUUGCUGCUAUUGUUGAAGAGGGUUCAUUGGAGCACCGUAGUGGAUCUGGCAGAAGACGUGAUAUUGACUCCUCAGAAUACAGAACAAUUCUGUAUUCUGAGAUUGACUCAGACCAGCUUCAACUUAUGGAGCAAGGUUAUGAGGAAAAUUACUGGAGCAUUGUCAUCUUCAGUGGUGCAAACAGUGAAAACUACAUAGAUGUGCUGAAAGACGUCAUGAAGAUGUGCUAG